AUGGCACACAUACCACCAAUAUUUGAAGAAUGGCUAUUCCGUAAGCUACUGUAUAGUCGUGGGUUUCAAUCAUUCGUGCGCACAGUAUACUGUAAGAUAAAUGGGAUUAAACCCCGGGCACCACAAAGCAUCGUUAACAGUGGGCUCCCAUUCCACCCGACUAGGGGCCAGAAGUUCCGUGCAUUCCGCGUGCUCUUUUGGGACGAGGUGAAGGUUGUUUUCGGGGCCACGCGAACGUUCAAGAAAAGUGGGAAGCAAUAA